AUGGAAGCCAUAGAUGGGCAAGGGGGUGAAGGAGACAAGCCACUAGAGAAGGUGGGGAGCUCCAGCACCGUACCUGCCAGAGAUGCUCUGGUCUGUCAUGCCAAGGGCCUGAGCCAGGACACCUUCAAAAUUUGUAAAGAAUACCUGAGGCCCCUGAAGAAGUUCCUGCGCAAGUUGAACCUGCCCAAGGACCUUCCGCAGAAGAAGCUGGUAAAGCGCAUGAAGCAGAGCCUGGAGGCCCUCGGGGACCACAUCAACACCUUUCUGCAGCACUACUGCCAAGCCUGGGAGAUGAAGCACUGGAAGAAGAUGCUCUGGCGAUUUGUGUCCCUCUUCUCAGAACUGGAAGCCAAGCAGCUUCGCCGGCUCUACAAGUACACCAAAACCAACCAGACGGCCAAGUUCCUGGUCACACUCUGCCCGUUGGAUGCGCCAGAGAGAUCGUUGCUGUCCAGCCAGGAGGACAGUCUUCCCCGGCUCUGCAGUGCCUGGGGGUUGCAUGGAAAUAUCAGCGGCAUGAAGGAGAGGCUGUCCAAGAUGCAGGCCCCCGGCGAAGCAGUCAUCCUGCUGGAGGAACCCCGGUCCUUGCACCACUCCAGAGGAGAUUCUUUGAGGAAAUUUCCUCAAACACCAAAACUGAAGAAAAAGAGGAUUAAGGAAAGCCCAGAAACUCCCAAGAGCUACCCAUGA